UCCCUCCUGUUGGCGAGGAAGAGGAACAACAUCUGAGCCGGAGGGGCUGGCAAGCGUGGUGGUUUCAACGGGUCGCUGCGGCUCUGAUUUCGGGAAUAUCAUUUUAAAACUGAAAGACGACAGAUACGAGUUAUUUUUGUAUACUUUCCCGUUUCUAUUAAGGUUAACGUGUCGCUGCAGUGGCUCCUCACGGCUUUACGUGAGGAGGAGGGGGCGAAACAGGAGAAACGGGAGCGCGCACACAAGCACGAGCAUUCAAGCCGGAGUGCAAGAAGACAGUGUUCGGGCGGCGAGGCGAAGCUAGGCGAGGAGCGCGGGACACAGCAUGGCAGGCGAUAGCGAGAGGCGGUUGGACGACCAGGAGCAUGCCCCCCGACAGCCGUUCCUUAUCGGAGUGGCCGGGGGCACCGCCAGCGGAAAGUCAUCUGUUUGUGGAAAGAUCAUGGAACUGCUUGGGCAGAAUGAGAUUGACCAUCACCAACGGCAAGUAGUCAUCCUAAGCCAGGACAGCUUUUACCGUGUUCUGACUGCUGAGCAGAAGGCCAAAGCACUCAAGGGCCAGUACAAUUUUGACCACCCAGGUGCAUUUGAUAAUGAACUAAUCCUGAAGACGCUUCGGGAAAUAAUGGAGGGGAAGACGGUGCAGAUACCCGUCUAUGACUUUGUCACACAUUCCAGGAAAGAAGAGUCUGUGACUGUGUAUCCUGCAGACGUAGUUUUGUUUGAGGGCAUCUUGAUGUUCUACUCACAGGAAAUUCGCGACCUCUUCCAGAUGAAACUCUUUGUUGACACCGAUGCAGACACCCGACUUUCAAGAAGAGUUCUGAGAGACAUCACUGAACGAGGCAGGGAUCUGGAACAAGUCUUGGCUCAGUAUAUUACCUUUGUCAAGCCAGCUUUUGAAGAGUUCUGCUUGCCAACAAAGAAGUACGCUGAUGUGAUCAUCCCUCGUGGAGCAGAUAACCUUGUUGCCAUCAACUUGAUAGUGCAGCACAUCCAGGACAUUUUAAAUGGAGGACUGACAAAAAGACAGAAUGGCUGCCUAAAUGGCUACAGCACACCCCGAAAACGACAGCCAUCAGAGUCAAGCAGUCGACCACACUAAUUCCCAGAGGUGUGACGACGAAUGUGUUCCAUUGUGUUGUGUAAAUACCGAUAGUCUCUCUCACUGUAUUUAACAAAGCCUUUUUGUUGUACUUUUUUUUUUUUUUAAACUAUUAAUGCUUGAAGAAGUUUUCAUGUUGGGGGUAAGCGGAGGUAAAAUCACGAUUAAACAUCGUUCUGCUUCUGAGAAAACUUCAAAUUGAAAAUGAGACAAGUGGUAAUUCCUUUAGAGGUUGCCUGCAACACAGAAAAGCACCACCAUGUUAUGCUUUUCUUUUUCCCUUUUCUCUGAAGCUCUCCUGACAAUUGUCUUCAAAAAAAAAAAAAAAAAAUCAACAACCUGCUGAAACCAAAAUCUGACAGAUGAACUGCAUGGAUUGUAUCCUCAAAUUCUGAGAUCCAGAAACACUAUUUUCAGUUCUGCUGCUACCUUUGUAUCUGGGGGUAUAGGGCCAAGAUGGUCUUUUGUUUUAAUGUCACACAUCAUAGCUUUAACAAAAUGCAGAGCAACAUUUAACAAAGCAUAAAAAAAAUCACUGCCAUACUACUUGUUAAUUUAAUGUUAAUAUACUUAGCUAUUUCCAUGCCUAAAAACCCAAGUUUUUGUGUCUUGCUUGGAGAGAUCACAGUAUGGUCUAAGACACAGCCUUAUUGGGCGUCUACUCCAUUGUUUUUACAAACUAACGUGGUAGCGAUGAAUCAAAUGUAAUAUUUACAAUGAGUUCAUUCAAAGCUGUGAUGGAUAGGUUUAUCCAAAUGCGUUGCCCUGCUUUGAUUGCUGUACUGCAGCUCACUGCUUCGUUUUUUGGAUCACCUCAAAUGGUGCUAUUUAGACACACUGCUCGCUACUGUCUAUAGUUGGGUGUGUCUUAGUUGCUUUGCUGGCACAGAGCUCAUUCUGCACCCAUAGUCAUUUUGUCUUGUCAAAGUGUGUGCUUUCUGGGUUAACAAUUUUUUUUUCUUUGCACACCAGUAUUAGAAAGCUGGACUGGUGUGGCCCUCUCAGGAUAUUGUAUGCAAUAACUAGGUGGCCGCUGUUCUCAAGAAGCAGUGCUGGUGCAUAGCACAAUGAAGAAGGAUCUUUGUGUAUGUUACUUGGCAUCAGUAAUUUUCUCCCCCAGAUAUACUGUGUCUCAGUUUUAUACCAAGGUUUCGUAAUCUUGUUCCUUUAGAGGCCUUUCUUGUUUAUGCUAAGAAUGAGUAUGCAGUGGAAAUUAAGGCAUGGGACAUUUUUUUAAAUGGGCUGCACCUUUGACUACAGGAGCAGAAAAUGUUUUUGGCUUUCUGUAAAAGUGAAAUUUUGUCAUCAGGGAUGAAGUGAAUAAUUGAAACAAAACCAAAGAAAAUGGUCAUGUACCCUGUCGGGGUGGACUAGGAGAGCUUACAGCUAGGACAGCCUUCGUCUUUCAAAAGGUGAAGUGGCUUUACGUAUUCUGCUUGGCUCUUCAAGCUGUGACAUUGUACUUAAUGUUUCACCAAAAUAAAAUGUUACCGUGCCCAUUUUAGUUUGAUACCACUGUGCACAAUAGAUGCAAGAAGGGAUCCAAUUGAGGAUUAAAUGGUUUCAAUUCUUUUUAAAGACCUACUUCUUCUUCAGAUCAUAUUUUCCUGUGCAGGGCUGUAAUCAUUUUUAUUUAUUUUUUUUUUUUAGCUGUUUCUUUGGCUUGUCUUUAGAUUAGGGAGAGUAAAAAUUUGUGGGUUCUUUUGUUAUAUGAAGCAGCAGCAGGGUGGGAUGAAGCUCCUUUCGAUCGGGUAUACUGGAGUGUCUAGCGUUUUCCUAAUGAUUGAUUAUUCCUUUGCGGACAUGUUCAAUAAUAGUUUUUUUUUCUUUCUUUCUCUGUGAGUAUUAUCAAAAUAAGACAAUGCUUUAAAGUUGGGAAAAGUCUGUAACCUGUGCCAAGCAGGUAUUAUUUUGUAUUGCGAUACAGCUUUAAAGUAACUUAAAAUGGUGCCAAGGCAGUUAUUUGCUCCCUCUUGUCCUUUUUCUGUAUCUCUCAUUGUAUUGCAUUCCAGAAAAAGGGUUCAGGCUCCCUAAGUAGUGCAGAUACUGUACUGGAAAAUAAGGGAGGAGUGGAGAAGGGAAUCACUGAUUGAUGCUGACAGUGUUAUGGAACCUGCUGAUUGUCCCCAGUCAUUUGUUGGAUUCUCAUCCUUGUUGGCAGUAAGCUGAAAUCUUAGAAUGUCACUGUGUGAUAGUAAGGAGCACUGCAGAUGCUUUACGUAGCCUGUUGUCAUACUUUGCUAAGCAGGACCCAGAAGACCACAUAUCCUACAUGCAAACAUCAUACCCUACAGUUUUUUUUUUUUUUAUUUUAUCUUGUAUUCAUUAAAUUCUUUUCUUUGCAGAUUUACUCAGGGUCCUGUGCUGAACUUUUUGGGUGACUCUAAAAUGAGUGUCACCUUGUGUUUGGAACUUUAGGGGCAAACUAAUCCGUGGGUGUAAUGCCUUUGGAAAAGCAGUUUACUUGAUACCGAUGAAUUGCAAAUAUUGUUAGAAAAUGAAUAUAGAAAUAAUUAUGUCUGGAGCACCACAAACUGUACAUAUACAUAUGCAGACACACCUCUGUUAGCAUGCAUUUUUAUACCUGCCAUUGUAAGUUAAUGUAAAUCGGCAUACAAGUGUAUGUGUACAUACCUGCAGUAUACACUAAUAAUAUACAGCAAAAGUCCUCAGAUUUCAAAACUUGCAUGAUUUUCAACAGAGGUCAGGAUUUUUUUAUGUUGAUGUCAACUCAACCUUGCAGCUUUUUUCACUUUUUUUAAUAAGCAAAAUUUCCAUUUGUGCCAACACAUUUCUAAUUUUGAGAGUGUUGUUCCCCUGCCCAUUAACAUCAGAACGAGAGUCUGGAGCAUAUGCAGUGCUUAUCUAUGCCUACCGGUGUCUGUACCAUUAACUCCAACUCUGUCUGAUGUCCUUGCUGCCCACUCGCUCACUAGUGUGACACUGCUCCAGUGGUUUCCCAAUUAUUUAUAGACAGCCAUGCAAGGUCUGGCAGUGUUGCCAAUAAGUGGUGAGGGUACACAGUUGACUUAAAACAGCUUGCAUGGGCCAUACAUGAUUCCCAGCCCUUUUAGGAAAGAAUGUGGCCCUCAUUUGAAUAAAGGUUAACACACUGGGUGGACUUGACAAGGCAGACUUUUGUUACUAUAUUUAAUGUAUAGCAGCUUGCAGCCGUGAAUACUGAUUUUGUGUUGACGUUAACCUGUAUUAUGGAAGCAGAGUGCUUUUUGUACUAAUAGUCUAGGCUGCUUUUGCAGGCUCUCCUUUUACUCAAUUAUCAAACACCCAAUCUACUCUCACUCCGCCAUGUGCCUGGGUCCGAGGGCCUAUUAAAGGGUCAGGCUUCUUGAGUGUUGCCUUACGUCGUUUUUCAUUUGUAAAAGUUCUUUCAGUCAGUGUUGAUGUGCAGUGUCACUGGCAUGAGGAGUAUCUGGUUCAUAUCAUUUCUCACCCUUGUAUUAUAGUGUAAAUGGUCAUAUAUGUAUAAGAAUGGCACAUACAGGGAUUAAACUUUACCAUUUCAAGUUGUAAUUUAAAACAAACUUAAAAAAUAAAGGUUUU